AGUACGUUUGAGUUUAUUGUUGUACCGGAUCUGAAUUUUGAGAUUCAGCUAUCUUAUUCAUCAGAUUAGGCUUCCAAUUUAUUCGUUAAGUGAUUGUCUAUUUUUCUUAACGGAUCUCUGUCUGGAUAUAAGAGAAUGGAAUUGUGUUCUUAUGAUCUUCGAUAUAAGGGUCAGAUUCCGUUACCGCACAUUAUUUCAUUCAAUAAACACUUGUGAUAUUGGCCUUUUGGACCUGUUACUUUAUGUACGACAUGGCUGACAAAGAGAGGUCUUGUGUAAAUGUGACCAGAAGCAUGUAUUGCCCGAAAAAUUUGACUGUAGCUCAAGGGGAAGUUGAUUAUUAUCACACAAUCGCAAUAAGCAGUCUGGCUUUUUGUUUUAUGAUAACUCUGCAUCUGGUAUUCUCGAUUUUGAACCAUCAGGAACUAAGCAUGCUCAUGAUGAUGACAACCAGUAUUUUGAUCGCUCUUUUCGCUUUUUCUCAUUGGGGAGUUGAGAAUUUCAUUUUUCACUGCUUAGGAUUUGUAAUUGGAGUAUAUGGAGCUAAUUUUUCCAUUCUAGUGCAUCUUCUCUACAUUUAUUGGCGAAAUAGACGUUUGAGCAAAAGCAGAAGUAUGGAUACAGUUGGUGCAGAAGAUGGCGACUAUGGAUUAACAGAUACAAUCGAAUUAAGAAACAACCAACCAGGAUUUUUUUUCGACAUCAACACUGGAACGCACAUUUUGAAUUUCGAUAUAAAUUAAUGAAGAUAUAUAUUAGCAAUAUUUGUAAAAUAAGUCACUUGACUGGUCUAGUCGAUUAAUAAAACAAUUUUGGGGGAAACAGAAAAUAAUUGACUUAUGAUCCCAAACCAGUUUAUUUAAUGCAUUAAAAUUUGUUUUUUAUGUGAUCACAACAUAAUAAAUUUGUUACAAAAUAGAUGAU